CUCAUGUGUUUACAUGAGUGUGAAAUGAAAUCUACUGCCGACUUCUAGUAAACGUCUAUUUUUUGUGUUCGUCAUAUAGUUUCAAAACAGCAUUAUUUCGGUGAAGAUGCUGACGAUGGAAGGCUUCACUUGUUUUCCGGGGUUAAUGUGGGAGAAGGUGCUGUCAAAGGUAAAGAAAGCGAUUGUUUUCAUGGAUGACAGGUGCAGCGAGAGCCUUCACUGGAAUGGUGGAGCAACCAGUUUAUUAGAGGCUGGAGCACGUAACAUUAAGCAGUUUUCUAGCUUUGAGGCUGGAGGAGACAACGAACCCAAGGCUGUGUUUGUAGUUAGCACUCUGCUAAAAGGUAGAACAGCGGACAUCAUUAAAGACAUCAUUUCUAUGAGCCAUUUCCAGUACUGUGUUGUCAUCACCGCUGUUCCUCACUCUAUUCAUCUCCUUGCUAAUAAUGUCACCACGGAACUUGAGGGUAACCCAGUGUUUGAGCAGUUCGAGGAGAAGCUGUGUGAAUGGAUGGGUGAUAUGAACUACACCGCUGAGGUGAUGCAUGCACCGGUUGUUUUCGCCUCUCUGUCGCAGCAGUUCCUCCUCUCACCCCUUUUCUCAGAGCUGUUCCCGUUGCUCCCUUCCGACCUCCAAGCCAUCAACCAAAAACGUCCGGAGAAGAAAAGAUUUAGCAGUUUGCUCGAUGUGGACAUACACUCUCUCCCCUCAGAGUUGCAGAUACAGAUUAAAUCCUUGGCUUCGGCCUUAAACACCAUGUUUGAAUGCACCAACACACGCGAAGAGAGCUUCGCUGUCGGACCCAUGAGCCGUCUCAUAGCAGGGGAGCUGGCUAAUCAUCCACAAGCCAAAAACAGAAGAAAGAUGGCCCCCAACAAGGCAUCAAUUGUCUUCAUAGACAGGAUGCUAGACCUAACAGGAGCUGUCGGUCAUCAUGGUGAUAACCUUGUGGAGAAAAUUCUGUCGGCCUUGCCCACGUUGCCAGGACACACGACUGACAUUCAGGUGGACAUGCUGGAGCUGACCAACCUGCAUCGCACCCCAGACAUAGAGGGGGUCCUGGCUCCAGGCUGCCUGGCACAAAACCAGUCGUCGUCGGCGCGGUCGCUCUGGGAGACCAUGCUGGUUGCUAAGCAGAAGGAGGCGGUGAUGGAGGUGCGGAGGCAACUGGUGGAGGCGGCCAGCAAGGAGAACCUGCCAAUCAAGAUGGGCCUGGGCCGUGUGACGGCUGACCAGCUCAGCUCCUACGUGCAGCUGUUUAAGGGGAAGGUGGAGGCUGUGGAGGCCCACGCCGGGGUGCUCCAGCUGGCCCUGGCCACCGCCCAGACGCUCCGUCACCCGGCCCUGCCCCGCUGGGACGCCAGCCUGGCCUUCCAGAGGCUACUGCUGCAGGCUCUUGGAGACUCGGACCUCGCAGCUGUUCUGAAACAGGUCCUGCCGCUGAUCAAGUCGGCCUGCGACUCCGGUUCCGAGGCCUCGGAGGCGGGUUCCGGGUCGGGUUCCGGGUCGGGCCCGGCGGCGGCGGCGCUGGGAGCGGAGGAGCUGCUGGCGCUGCUGGUGUUCCUGUACUCGCUGGCGGAGGAGACGCAGCCGUGCGAGGAGGAGGCGCAGGAGCAGGCGGAGAUGGAGGUGAUGGGGGCGCUCACGCUGCUCCUCACCAAACAGACGCGCCUCAGCCCGCUCCUCCAGAGCAUCACCGGAGUGUCGAGCCCUGAGGAGCUGACGAUGGACCGCGCCCACUGUGCGCUGGAGGUGGCGUUCGAUACGCUGCGGGGGCUGGGACACGCCCGUGAGCACCUGAAGCAGCUGCACUCCGUCUACACGCCCAGCGACGGCGUCCACCAGGCUACGUAUCGGCCGUUCCUGAAGCAGGUUCUCGAUGAGAUCUUCCACCCAGACCGGCCAGAGUGCCCUGAUAUAGAACACACUUCAGGUGGACUAACAGACCUCCUGAAGACUGGCUUCAGCAUGUUUAUGAAGGUGAGCAGACCACACCCUAGCGACCACCCCCUGCUGUUUCUCUUCCUGGUGGGCGGAGUCACUCCCUCGGAGCUCCGCCUCAUCCGUGACACGGUGUCCACCCACAGACCAGGCACUCAGGUGCUGGUGUUGUCCACCAGGCUGUUGCGUCCGGCAGACAUCCCUCAGCUGCUCUUCGCUACCGAGAGGCUGGUGCCAGACAUCGGAGUGUGAGCAGUCUGCAGUCAGCUUGCUGUGUGUACACACACACACACACACACACACACACACACACACACAGUCUUUACCUCACGGCUUCUCACAACAGACACAAAUCUAAAUAAUCUUCACCAGCUCUAAUAGCAUUUUGAGUGCGUAUGGGCUGUGGGCUGGAACUGUACACACACACACACACACACACACACACACACACAUGCUGCUCUUUCCCUCAAGUUUCUCACAACAGACUCAAAUGUGGACUCAAACUUCUAACUCAUCCUCGUGCUCUCAUUUCUCAUCAACUCCAGCUUGAUUAGGGCU